AAAAGAGGAAAAAAAACGCUAGUGCUAGUAGGUUAGUGGCUUCUGGCUAGCCUACAAAGUACAAACUCUAGAAAGAUAAACCCGCCUUCCUCCUGUUAAAGCUUAAACCCUAACACCCUCUCUUCUUGCUUUCUAAAUUGAGUAAAAAUCUCUGCAACUUGUAAAGUAGCAGUCUUGAUGCUCAAAAGAUGAAACCUUUCUUCAAUUCCCGUCGUCCUAAGCAUCACAAGCAAAAGGGCAACACUGCUCCUCUUAAUCAACAGGUUUUUUCAACAAACCAAUCUUUAGCAAAUUCAAUGCCAAUGCAACCGCAACUGGGUUUAGUCAAUCCUCAGAUUCCAAUUACUUUCAAUAAUUCAAACACCCUUUUAAGCAAUGGACAAGCCAUGGCUAAUAUGCCACCUUUGAUCGCUCAACAACCUGGUAUAUUGAGUGGACCUAAUGAUCUGGCUAUCCUUCAGCUACAAAAUCAAGUCAACAAGUUGAAUGCUUUAAAGAUGUUGAUGGAUCAAGUAAACCAAUUGCAAGGAGAGCUGUUUGGUCCUAGUUUCUCCAAUUUGCCACAACAACUCAAUCAAAAUAUGGGUUUGUUACAAAAUCCAAUGCAGAAUAUGAUGAACCCUGUUAUGCCUUUGCAAAUGCCAAUAAAUUCUCAAGUUGGUUCCUUUAAUGUCCCUUCAAGCAAUCACCAAGUGGUAGGUGCUCAAAGUCAGAACUUUUUUGUAAAUCCACCGUUUGGAGCCGAGCAACGAGUUAAUCCAAACCAGCCCAACUAUGUAAUGCCGACAACUAGUGCAUAUGGAUCGAAGCUAUUGCAUGUUGCAGAUCAGCAAGUCCAAGGGAAAUGGUCUGCGUCACAGCAAGGUCAGAGCUUUUUGAUGCCCACAGUGGGUGCAAAUGGACCAAAUGUCGCAAAUCAGCAAGUGGAAGGGAACUCGCCUGCAUUACAGCAAAGUGAGAAAGUUCCAAUGCCUGCAAUGGCUGCAAAUGGAGCAAAGCCAUUGCCUAUUGCAACUCAGCAAGGGCAAGGGAACUCAUCUGCGUCUCAGCAAAGUUGGAACUCGCAGCCCUCUACAUACAAUAGGUGGCAGGUAACCGUAUUUAACUUGGACGAUUUCUUUCUGAGUUCAUAUCAUUUAUGCAAUCCAGUGAUCAUGGUUUGUUUUAUGCACUUUCCAUGCUUCAGUAACUUAAAAAACAAUCGAAAUAGAGGGCGAUCACAAUCAGGACACCAGAAAUCUGAUUUCAAUUGCAUGGAUAAUGGAAAGAGAAAGCUUGAGUUUUCUAAUGAACAUGGCAGAAAAGGGAACGGCAAUGAGAGGGUAGCAAAAUUUGGUCGCACUGAUCUUGCAGACCAAGCUACAGAAGAGAAAAGUAAACCUAGCAGAACUUUUUUUUACACGGAACAAGAAAUCAAACAAUGGCGUGAAUCACGUAGGAAGCACUACCCAACAAAAAUCAGCAUCGAGAAGAAGCAGAUGGAGGUUAUUGAUAGAGAGGCCAACUUUCGUCACAAGCAACUCAAGGAGAUUUUGGCAAAGCAGGCUGAGCUAGGAGUUGAAGUUGCAGAAAUACCGCCAGACUAUCUGUUAGAUUCAGAGAAGCUAGGAGUUGAAGUUGCAGAAAUACCACCACCACAGGUGUUAAAUUCAGAGAAACUAGGAGUUGAGGUUGCAGAAAUACCACCACCACAGGUGUUAAAUUCAGAGAAACUAGGAGUUGAGGUUGCAGAAAUACCACCACGGCAUCUGUUAGAUUCAGAGAAACAAGAGCAUGGAAGGGAAGAUAACAGAAGGUCCUUGACUAAGAAAGGGAAAUUCUGGAACAAGCAUGAUAAAAGAGGAAGAUUUAACAAAAAAGGUCGGUCAGCCAAGCAGGUUGGAUCAGCAAAUGAAGAAAGGAAGCCAACACUAUUGGAGAAGCUUCUGAGCACAGAUAUAAAGAGAGAUAAGCGCCAAUUGUUGCAGGUUUUUAGGUUCAUGGUGGCGAACUCUUUCUUCAAGGAUUGGCCAGAGAAACCUUUGAAAUUUCCUUCAGUAGUGGUCAAAGAAGAUGGUUAUGAGGAUGAGAUUGUAGAAAAAAAAUCCUCACUUGUCGGGGAGGAAGUUUCUGAAGACAGGAACAACACAAUAGCUGAAAAUUUUGGUGAUAGAGAUGACAACAUCGAACAUGAUGCUCAAGUCGAGCUGGGGAAUUGUUUUGUCAGGGGAAAAUGUGAUAUUGUUGACGAAGUUGAUAGGGUUGAAGAGGGAGAAAUUGUUGACUAACAUUGCACCUUCUGUUAAAUGUGUCAAGCAUUGUAAUUCCACCACCACCCCUUAAGGAUUUGUAAACUAUGUUCACUCUCUUAUUAACUAUCCAGUUUUGCAUUAAAGUUUGUCAA